CGCCGCUGCCGCUGCCGCCACCGCCGCCGCCGCCGGCCGGCCUUCCCACUUCACCUCAUAGCUGCCGCCGCCGCCGCCGCCGCCUCUCCUGCUCCCGCUCCCGCUCCUCCUCCCGCGCCGCCGCCGCCGCCGCCAUGGGAGUCCAAGGCUUCCAGGAUUACAUCGAGAAACACUGCCCGAGCGCCGUGGUCCCGGUGGAGCUGCAGAAGCUGGCCCGGGGCAGCCUGGUGGGCGGCGGCCGCCAGCGGCCCCCCCAGACCCCGCUGCGCCUCCUCAUCGACGCGGACAACUGCCUGCACCGCCUCUACGGAGGCUUCUACACGGACUGGGUGAGCGGCGGCCAGUGGAACCACAUGCUGGGCUACCUGGCGGCCCUGGCCAAGGCCUGCUUCAACGGCAACAUCGAGCUCUUCGUCUUCUUCAACGGGGCCCUGGAGAAGGCCCGGCUGCACGAGUGGGUGAAGCGCCAGGGCAAUGAGCGCCAGACGGCCCAGCAGAUCGUCAGCCACGUCCAGAACAAGGGGACCCCGCCGCCCAAGGUCUGGUUCCUGCCGCCCGUCUGCAUGGCCCACUGCAUCCGACUGGCCCUCAUCCGCUUCCACAUCAAGGUUGCACAGAGCAUUGAGGAUCAUCAUCAAGAAGUAAUUGCUUUCUGCAGAGAAAAUGGUUUCCAUGGCUUGGUUGCAUAUGACUCUGAUUAUGCAUUGUGCAACAUCCCCUACUAUUUCAGUGCCCAUGCCCUAAAACUGAGCCGUAAUGGGAAAAGUCUCACAACAAGCCAAUAUCUGAUGCAUGAAGUUGCCAAGCAACUGGACCUGAAUCCAAAUCGUUUUCCUAUUUUUGCUGCUCUAUUAGGUAAUCACAUUCUACCUGAUGAAGAUUUGGCUUCCUUUCAUUGGAGUUUACUUGGUCCAGAACAUCCACUAGCCUCACUUAAGUGUAGUUCGCCAGGCCCAGAUGAACUAUAUCCCAGGGUACUGAAAGAUCUGGUGGAUGUGAUUGCUAAGCCACUGUCAGUGAUGUUUGAAAGUCCAUGGAGAACAAGAGAGGUACGGGCUCACCAGCUAGUUUUACCACCUUGUGAUGUAGUGAUCAAAGCUGUUGCUGACUAUGUUCGUAAUAUUCAGGAUACCACUGAUUUGGAUGCCAUAGCUAAAGAUGUAUUUCAGCAUUCACAGUCUAGAACAGAUGACAAAGUUACUCGAUUUAAGAGAGCAGUUGCAUAUUAUUCAGCGACUAGUAAGCCUAUGCCAUUUCAUCCACAACAUUACUUAGCCAGACCAAAUCAGUUUGGAAUGCCUGGGAUAGUGCCACCGUAUGUUCCCCCUCAGAUGCUUAACAUUCCACAGACCUCUAUACAAGCAAAACCUGUUGCCCAGCAGAUGUCUAGCCCAGGUGGUGCUCCAGGUCAGGGUCCAUACCCAUAUAGCCUUUCUGAGCCGGCUAUUACCUUGGAAACAAGUGGAAAAAAUUUGUCUGAGCAGAACAACUAUAGUAACAUUCCUCAUGAAGGAAAACAUACUCCAUUGUAUGAACGAUCCUCUCCAAUAAAUCCAGCUCAGAGUGGUAGCCCUAACCAUGUGGAUUCAGCUUAUUUUCCUCCCUCUUCAACAUCAUCAUCAUCUGAUAAUGAUGAAGGCAAUGGAGGAACUACAAACCAUGUCAGUGGGAACAAAGUUGGCUGGGAAAAGACAGGAAACCAGUCAGAAACUCAAGCACGUGGAGAUCCAGGAGACCAAACAAAGGCAGAAGGUUCCUCUACUGCCUCUUCAGGAAGCCAGAUAGCUGAAGGGAAAGGGAACCAAGCCAACACUGCACAAAUCCCCUGCCUUUUAUCAAUGCCCACCAGGAACCACAUGGAUAUUACCACACCUCCAUUACCUCCUGUUGCACCAGAAGUAUUGAGAGUAGCGGAGCACAGGCACAAGAAGGGGUUAAUGUAUCCCUACAUCUUUCAUAUUCUGACAAAGGGUGAAAUCAAAAUUGCUGUUUCUAUUGAAGAUGAAGCCAACAAAGACCUGCCUCCUGCUGCUCUGCUUUAUAGGCCAGUUCGUCAGUAUGUUUACGGAGUCCUGUUUAGUUUGGCAGAAAGCAGAAAGAAAACUGAAAGACUUGCUUUUAGAAAGAACAGACUUCCACCAGAAUUUUCACCAGUGAUAAUUAAAGAAUGGGCUGCUUACAAAGGAAAAUCUCCCCAAACACCAGAACUGGUGGAAGCACUUGCAUUCAGGGAGUGGACCUGUCCCAACCUGAAGAAACUAUGGCUGGGGAAAGCAGUAGAAGAUAAGAAUAGAAGAAUGAGAGCAUUUUUGGCCUGUAUGAGAUCAGAUACACCAGCAAUGCUCAAUCCAACUAAUGUGCCCACUCACCUUAUGGUGCUCUGCUGUGUAUUACGGUAUAUGGUGCAGUGGCCAGGAGUACGGAUACUGCGUCGCCAGGAACUUGAUGCCUUCCUGGCUCAAGCAUUGUCUCCCAAACUUUAUGAGCCUGAUCAGCUACAGGAGCUCAAGAUUGAGAACCUAGAUCCACGAGGAAUUCAGCUGUCAGCUCUGUUCAUGAGUGGUGUGGACAUGGCACUCUUUGCAAAUGAUGCUUGUGGACAGCCAAUUCCUUGGGAGCACUGCUGUCCUUGGAUGUAUUUUGAUGGAAAACUUUUCCAAACCAAACUCAUCAAAGCAAGCCGGGAGAAAAUUCCACUCAUUGACCUCUGUGAUGGUCAGGCUGAGCAGGCUGCCAAGGUAGAAAAGAUGCGCCAAAGCAUCCUGGAAGGAUUAAAUUUUUCCCGGCAGAAUCAUCCACUCCCUUUUCCACCUCCUCCUGCUCUGCCUUUCUAUCCAACUUCAAUGUACCCUCGACACUUUGGGCCAGUCCCACCACCUCAGGGCAGGGGUAGAGGUUUUGCUGGAGUCCAACCUAUUCCUUCUCAGGGAGGGAAAUUAGAAAUAGCUGGCACUGUUGUUGGCCAUUGGGCUGGAAGCAGAAGGGGACGGGGUGGACGAGGGCCUUUCCCUCUACAAGUGGUUUCUGUAGGAGGACCAGCAAGAGGGCGUCCAAGAGGAGUUAUUUCCACACCAGUGAUUAGAACAUUUGGAAGAGGCGGAAGGUACUAUGGAAGAGGUUAUAAAAGCCAGGGAGCAAUUCAGUGGAAAAGAAAUGGAAACUGAGGGGAUGCCCAUCAACUGGGGAAUGGCAGAGCAAGUUGUGAUAUAUGAUUGUAAUGGAAUACUGCCGUGCUUUAAGAAAUGAUGAGAAGGAUGAUUUAAGAAAAGACUGGAAAGAUCUACAUGAACUAAUGAUAAAAAGUAAUGUGAGAAGAACUAGGAGAACAUUGUACACAGUAACAGCAAUAUUAUAUGAUGAACAUCUAUGAAUGACUUAGCUAUUCCUAGAAAUACAGUGAUUCAAGAAAAUCCUCAAGGACUCCUGAUGAAAAAUGCCAUCUGACUCCAGAGAAAGAACUGAUGGAGUCUGGAUACAAACUGUGACAUACUAUAUUUCACUUUAUUUCUUCAAUUUUUUUGUUGUUGUUUGAUUUCCCUUUCACAAAAGGAUUAAUAUGGAAACAUUUUACACUCAUAAACAUGUAAAAUAAAUAUUAAAUAGCUUACUGUCUCAGAGAGGAGGGAGGUGAGUGGGUAAGAAUUUGGCUCAUUUAAAAAUAUGGAGGUUAAAAUGUCUUUUCUUAUAAUUGAAGGGGGAAAUAUGUGUUAAAUCUUAUGUUAACCUCACAAUGGCCCCAUGAUAUUUGAAUUGUUUCUUUCUGGCUACUUGUAGUAUUAUCUCCUUAACCUGGGAGCUUUAGAAUUUGACUAUAAUAUUCUUGGGAUUUUUUUUUUGGUGAUCUCUUUCUGGAGAUGAUCAUUGGAUUCUUUAUAUUUCAUUUUACUUUCUGAUUCUAGGAUAUUAAGGAAGUUCUCCUUGGUAAUUUCUUGAAAUACGCUAUCCAUGUUCUUUUUUUUAAAUCAUAUCUUUCAUUUGGUCGAUUAAUUCUUUAUUUUUCUCCUUGAACUAUUUUCCAAGUAGGUUGUUUUCCCAGUAAGAUAUUUACAUUUUCUUUGAUUUUUUUUUCCCAUUCUUUGGAUUGUGCUUUAUUGUUUCUCGAUACCUCAUGGAGUCAUUAGCUUCCAUUUGCCCAAUUCUAAUUUUAAGGAAUUGUUUUCUUCAAUGAGCUUCUUUACCAAGCUGUUGAUUCUUUUUUCAUUAUUUUCUUGCAUGGUUCUUACUUCUUUUCCCAAUUUUUCUUCUCUUUGAUGUUUAAAGACCUGUUUUUAACUGCUUCUAAAAGUUCUUUUUGGGUCUGACUCCAAUUCACAUUGUUCUUUGAGGUUUCACUUGUAGCUAUUUUGACACUAUUCUUUUCUAGAUUUGUACCAUGAUCCUUCCUAUCACUAUCCUAACUUUCUAUAAUUAGGCUCUAAUUUUUUAUUUUGGUUCAUUUUUCCAGUUUAUUAUGUAACUAUUCACUCUAUAUUAAAGUUGGCCUCUAUUCCUUGGUUGGAGAGGUCACUGUCCCAAGCUGCUUCUUGUAGGCUAUGGGGCCUUGUUUCUAGCUUACAGGAUCUUUAGGGGAUACCUGCUGGCUUGUACUAGUGGGAAGCUUCACUGCCUGCUUGCAUAGUGGAGGGCCUGACUGCUAUCUUGGUCUCAUUGGUAUCUUAUUCAGGGUUGAGUACUUGCUGCUCUAGGAAUGGGGCCAUGGCUGCUGGCUUCCAUGGUAGAGGGCAUUGCUAGUGGCCUGCAUUGGCAGCAGGGCUGCUGUAGGCUAAGAUCCAGUUGGAGGCCUUCCUUACUGACCCUCACUGGGACUAGGCCUGCUGUUGGCUUGCUUUGGAUUAAGACCUCUCUGGUGUGUGAGCAGGUCUGUGGCCAUCACCAUCUGAGGUGCUCUGGAUCCCUGAUCUAGUGUCACUGCACUCCCCUCUCAUUCUAGGGAGACAAACCUUUUCCUACUGAUUCUCCAAUCUUUUCUGGAUUGAAGAACUACUUCAUUGCUCCAAAAUUUGGUGAAAGGCUUUGUUUUAAAGUUAUUUGGAUGGGGGCAACUAGGUGUUUGAUAGAGAGCCAAGCCCAAAGACAAGAGGUCCUGGGUUCAAAUCUAGAUUCAGACACUUCUUAGCUGACCCUGAGCAAGUCAUUUAACCCCCAUUGCCUACCUCUUACUGUUCUUCUGCCUUGGAACCAAUGACACAGUCUUGAUUCCAAGAUGAAAGGUAAGAGUUAAAAAAAAUUGUUUGGAGGAGAAUUUUGGAGAGAUCUGGCAUCUUGACACAGGAAGUCUAAUUUUACUUUUAAAGAUUAAUUUACUUUUCUGCUAUUGGGUUAUUUUAAAAUUUUAUUCCCAGCUUAUAUGCUAAUACAAUUUUUAAUAAUCAUUUUCUGACAUCAUGAUCCAAAUUCUCUCCCUCCCUCUUCGCUCUCCCUACCCCAGGAUCGCAGGUAAUAUGAUAUAUCAUGCAAUAUAUAUUGCCAUUGUUGUUAUUAUUUACUACAUUUCCUAGUUCUGCUCACUUCACUUUGCAUCAUUUAAUAUGUCUUUCCAAGCUUUACCAUCAUAUACUAAAACUGGUUUAGCCAUUCUUGAAAUGAUGAACAUUUAGUUUCAAGUUCUUUGCCAACACAAGAAGAAUUGCUAUACAUAUCUUUGUACAAGUAUGUCCUUUCCCCCCAUUUUUUAUCUCUUUGGGAUCCAGACCUAGUAGUAGUAUUGCUGGGUCUGACAUUGAGUUAUUUUAGAUUUCUAUUCCUUAUUCUGUUUAUAAAGGUAUUUUGUAUUUUUGUUGUACAUUUGGUUCGCUUGGGCAAAACAAUUUUGUAUAAUUUUUUCUUCAUUUAUUGUGAAUUAUUUUUCAUUUUUGUUAUUAAAACUUGAUUUCUUUUUUAAAAUUAUAUUAGCUAUUAAUUUUUAAAGUACUAUCUAAUGUUAUCUAUCAAAACAAUGAAUUUUUUAUUUAAAAUUUUGUUUUUUGUCCUUUUCCAUUUUUAGAAUUCCCAUUUUUCAUUGGGGGGCUCAUUUUUUUUAUUGUUAUUGUUAUAGUCACAAUUCAUUGAUCUUUCUUUUGCUGGUAAAAGUGUUUAAAGAUACAAAUUAUUCCUUGAGGAAUGGUUUGAUUGCAUCCUAAAAGUUUUGUUAUGCUGUUUAAUUGUUUUCAUUUUCUACCCCAAAGAGAUAAUAAGGAAAAAAAAUGUACAAAAAUAUUCAUAGCUGCACUCUUUGUGGUGGCCAAAAAUUGGAAAAUGAGGGGAUGCCCUUCAAUUGGGGAAUGGCUGAACAAAUUGUGGUAUAUGUCGGUGAUGGCAUACUAUUGUGCUCAAAGGAAUAAUAAAGUGGAGGAAUUCCAUAGGGACUGGAACAACCUCCAGGAAUUGAUGCAGAGUGAGCGGAGCAGAACCAGGAAAACAUUAUACACAGAGACUGAUACACCGUGGUACAAUCGAAUGUAAUAGACUUCUCCAUUAGUGGUAAUGCAAUGACCCUGAACAACUCGGAGGAAUCUACGAGAAAAACCACUAUUCACAUCCAGAGGAAACACUGCAGGAGUAAAAACACCAAAGAAAAACAACUGCUUGAAUACAUGGGUCAAAGGGAUAUGGUUGGGGAUGUAGACUCUGAAUGAAUAUCCUAGUGUAAACAACAACAUGGAAAUAGGUUCUGAUCAGGGACACAAGUAAUACCCAAUGAAAUUGUGCGUUGGCUGCGGGAAGAGUGGGUGGAGGGGAGGGAGGGAAAUAAUGUGAUUAUUGUAACCAAGGAAUAAUGUUCUAAAUUGACUAAAUAAACUUAUUCAAAUGGAA